AUGCUGAGGUGCACGCGACCCGGUGUGAGUGCGCGCGUGAGGCAGACUGCAGCGGCCACGCGCAGGGCCCGGCACAGUGCAGUGAUGGACUCGGGAGCGCGCACACGGAGCCCAUUGUUGUGCGCUCGUGGGCAGAGGUGUUGGAUGGCCUCACGGAGCACGCGCUGUCAGCUGGUGAGCGCUCGCGGGUCCCAGCAGCGGGACACCCAAGCCAAACCCGUGCUGAUCAAUAUCUUCAACAGGUACGCAUGCAAAGGCUACAACAAAGAAAAGAAAGAGCUCCCUCUCAGAGUGAAGGAGACGGGGCGGGCACAGGGAGGCGCACAUUUCAGUCUGCAGGUCGGACCCCCCUCGCCCACUUCCAUUGCUGCUUUUAUGGCUCCCAUUGGCCCCACACACCCACACUUCAAGAGCACUCUUCAAAGCUGA